CGAGGGUCUCCGCCCAUGUUCUGGGCUGUGACCAGAACGCAGCAGGGAUGCGCGAGCGAGCGCCGCUCAACAAUCACCAGCCAAUCAGAGGGCGCGGCUUGCAGGCGCGUGCGCAGUAGCGGGAGCUGUCGGCGCCGGGUGGCCGCGAGCUGUAGCCGCCGGAUGUGCCCUGUAAUCGUCAUGGCGGCCGGCGGGCGGGUCCUGCUCGUGUCCCUGCUGCUGCUCCUGAGCGGGCCGGGGCUUGCGCGGGGCUGGGACCAGCCGGGGAGAGUUUUGUUGCGGGAGGUCCAAGCUCUCACUUUCUACAGAGAUCAAUAUACUACUUCUCGGCGGACAUCUCCAAUUCCCCAGUUACAAUGUACUGGAGGCACAGCUGGAUGUGCAUACGUUCCCAUGGUUGUUCAGUGUCAUAACAAAGGCUGGGAUGGCUUUGACAUACAGUGGGAGUGUAAGGCAGACUUGGACAACUCCUAUCGCUUUGGAAGAAUCGAAGUGAGCUGUGAAGGCUAUGAUUAUCCAGAUGACCCUUACAUCUUAAGGGGAUCUUGUGGUUUGCAGUAUGGGUUAGAGUUAACUGAGGAAGGCCAAAGAAAAGCGAACAACUUUGGUGGAAGCUUUGGCUCCAGCUAUUACCAGUCAAGUAAAGUGAAUUCUCAGGAUUCCUCUAACUCUUUUGCUGGAGUGAUUGUCGUAAUAGUACUUCUGCUCCUUGCUUAUGGAUGUUACAAGCUAUUCCUCGGUAAUCAGCUGCCUCAACAGGAUUUCUCUAAUGGUGAUGGAUACUCUGGGACAUCUUGGCAGAAUACUCAGACACCACCUCCUCCUGGUUUUAAAUCCAGCUUCACAGGAGCUGGUGGUUUUGGUGGCAGUUCCAGUUCUGAGGCCAAUUUAGGACGAGGGUUUUGGACUGGACUCGGAACAGGAGGCCUACUAGGAUACUUGGCUGGUAGUCAGAGGUCACAACCACAUUCCUCAUAUUUUCCUAAUGUCAAUCCAUACGCCGGUCCUACCACUCCUCCUCCUCCAAGCAGAAAUUCAAGUGGCUUUACGGGGCCUCAUCCCUCAGGGACAAGAACUGCUUCUGGCUUUGGAGGCACAAAAAGGAGAUGAUGUUCUUAGUUUCCUGGCACGGUUGCAGUUAAAUACACUCUUCCUCCCUGCAUUUUAGUGCCUUCUUUUUAAAAUAUGGAGCUUCAGUUUUAAAAACUAUUGAAAUCCUUCUCCAGAGGACUUAUAGGCUGGGUGUUGAGUUAGAGUUUAUUUAUAAGAUGUUCCUUGGGUUUAGAUGUCGUAGAUGUUAUGCUUUGGAUAUCUGUUUUGAAAAGAAAAUGGAGAUAAGAUCAGUGAGCAGAUACUGCUCUUGGUGGUAAGAACAGUUUUUUUUGAUGUGUUCAGAUUAAAGUCUGUAUGACUGUGUGGAGAGGAAUGAAUGAAUAAAUAUAGGCAAUGAGUUUUUCAUAGCCCUAACAGA